CCGGAAACGACGAGUUACUGCUGCAGCCAUAUGUCACAGCAAUUUUAGAACAGCAGUACUAGGCCAGCGGUCUCCGGGCAGAGUUUGCAACCGAGCUAAUAGCACAGAGUUAUGGAGGGGUGCACGAGACAUAUUUCAAUUCAAAAAGGUCAAACAUUCCCUCAGUUGGAGAGAUGCACAAAAUGCUGCAACCGUUUUCAUUGUCCCUUUUGUAUGGCCAGUGUAUUUAAGCCCAGCAGACUGGACAAACUCAAAUUACAUCUGAAAAUCCACUCUAAAAAAGCAGUUGUCCAUGGAGGCUUCAAUUUUCACAGGUGUGGACUGGGCUGCAGACCAUCCCUACAUUUCCACUGUAUAUACUGUUCAACAACAAUUAUAAGGAAACCUGAUUUUAAAAACCAUUUAGUAAUCUGUAAACAUAAGCUAGAUUCAGAAUCAGCCACAAAAAUGGUGUCAAGCACCAGUACGGCAGUGACCGCUCCAUCAAUAAUAAACACACCGUCAAUCAUCAAUACAACAGGGACCGUUCCUACAAUCAUGUACACACUGUCAACCACCAGUACAGACGUGACCGCUUUAGGGAUCAAAGAUGGACCCUCAACCACCACUAUAGACGUGACUGCUUUGAGGAUGAAAGAUGGAUCAUCACCCACCAGUACAGGCAAGAUUCGUGUGCGGCCUGUUAUUAAAAAGAGAUGCCCAAUGUGCAGUAUCCUCAUCAAUAAAACCAAUCUACAAAAACAUAUAGAACGGAAACACUCCGAUCAGUCAGAAUUGGACAUUGGUGACACAUUCCAGCUUACAAGCGAGUGUAUAGACGAGACAAAUGGGAUAUUUACAGUUCUUAAAAUUGUAAAAGGCCACAGCGUCCCCCUUCACGUACAAUACAAGACAAUGGGAGAAAACCACAGAAUUCUCUGCGAAUCGAACGAGUGCCAGGUUAACAUAGAUAUCGCGCAGAGGAGUGGUAUCACAUCAUACCAGUGCGUGCAUAUCAGUGCAGCGAGCUUUUGCAAGUCUUCGGCUGAACCAGUCUCGCUCGAGGAAGAAGUUUUAACGGCGAUAGUGAGAGAAAAAUUGUUCAGCGAGAAAAAGAAAAAAGAAUGCCUUGUUCUGCAACAGCUCGCCAAUAGUAGCAGCGUACCACUUUCCGUUCACACCUCGAUUGGCGUCUCAAAAACAAAAAUGUUUAUUUCGGUUUUUGAGCCCAGCGUGUCCUCGUAUAGUCGUUUGGGCCGUGUCAUGGUUGUUUAUAACACCCAAUUUAACACGUGGCACUGUCCCUGUACCAAAGUGCGACGCUCAUGUCUGCACAAGUAUGUUGCCAAAUGGCACCUAUUUCAAACGCACCAUGAGCUAUUGAGUACUGAUGGAUCACCACUCAACACGCCACAUUCAGAAGACGAAGGCGUCACAGACGACAUUCAUGUGUAUCCCCCGAAAGGUCUGGGGCUGGAGUAUAUGGUGAAUUACAUUCUUCAGAACAAAAAGAUUCCUGCUGUUCUUCCAGAAGAUAUGCGCAUACCAUCGGCACGCAAGGAUUACCCACGAAACCUUUGUCCGAAUGAAACUUUAUGCCAGGGAUGUCCAGGCGAAGUCCCUCUCAGUGAUCCUAUGCUAAUUACACAGAACGCCAAAAUACUGACCAAUUGGUGCAUUAUUGAAGAUGUUGGCACCUUCUGUAAGCAGUGCCCGCAGUGUGGGAUGUUUUAUCGUUACCAAGAGUGGAAAGACGGCCUCCAUAACUUCAAUGAUCACAUCAUCCUUGACAUACCUUUGUGCUUAACCUUCAGGAACCUUCUACAGGUUCAUACUUCAGUGAGCAGAGCAGUUGAAUAUUUACAGCUCAUGACAGGUGUGGAGUUUCCACCUCCAGACGCAAUGCUGCAUGCAUAUUUACAGUUUGAAGCCCUCACAGAUCAUGAAUACAAGUAUUCAUGCCCCUCCUGUGGCGAUCAUCCCCCGGUGGUGAUCUUGGGUGUACACAAACCGAGCACUUCUCACUUAUCAGAAAAUGACAUUAAAGAACCGCCAGAGAAUUUUAAAGGGGAGGUCAGUCUGGAAAAGUUCUGGGAGGCACUAUCCAAAGAGAUGAUCUGUCGAGGACUUGUUGAAAAUGGUGGACACAAUCCAUUUGCAGUUCCAACAAAUUAUCACUUUUGGGCUCCUUGGAUAGGCAAGAACACACGGCAGUCAGACACUGUGCUAAACACAGAGUUUGAGAAAGUUCGUGCUUCAAAGUCUGCGUCAGAGGUGUUAGAAAUGACUGUUACGGAGGAUAGUCUCAGUGAAGAACUUUUCAAACAGAAGGAUGAUGUGGUUAGAGGUUUAUGCAACGAAUGUGGUGUGGACUCCACUGGAUCUCGCAGUGAUCUCCUUCUUAGAUUGGCCGGUGAAAUGAAAUCCAGGCAAGCAUGUGAAAAGAUCUAUUCGAAAAUCUGGAGUUGCUCUGGAGGCUGGGGAGUCAUCAUGUGCCCCUGUGGAAUUGUCUACAGUCUAAAAUGCAAUCUCCGAGCUGCGAGCCCUCGAGACUUUGCCGAUUUGCUGUUAUCAUGGCAACAUAUGCCGAAUGUCAUGAUUUAUGACUCUGCGCAGAGUCUUGCUACGCACACCAAUCUAAGGGCCCCGGAAGAGCUUCCCAUCUCUCCUUUUGAAGGACUCUUGGUGGAGCCAACUCAAGCACACAUAGAACUUGCCAAACGUGGAAAGCUGACAGUGUCCCUGCCUUGGCUGGUUGAAAAAAUGGAAAUGACAGAUCCUCACGGACACCCGGCGACCGGUUCAUCUGAUCAUUACGUGCUUCAUGAAAGCAACUCAGAGGAUGGCACAGAUGUUCUGAGGAAACUCGCGCUCGUGCCUCAGCUGGCCGGCAAAGUGAAUAGUGAAGUCGCAGGGCGACUAUUUGCUAAAAUGAAGAAAAAUAACUACUUCAUGUCUUUGUCAUCAGCGCAUCUGUUUCUAAUGAGGAACAUCGUUCACCACUAUAAUGAAAACAAGGCCAACAAAGCGAGCACCCGGUUAAGAAAGAGUUCUGGAUCCAACGUGCUGACUGAUGCGUAUGGACAAGCUGUGCUGGAAAAUCCAGGAGGAUCCAGAAGCACGGAUAAUGUGAAUGAGGACUCAAUCCUGCAAUCUUUGAUGGACCUGAGCAGCGCUUGACUGGGCCUUCAGCACAGACAACCCAUUGGAGUUGGAAACAAUUGAAA